UCUCCCGUCUCGCCUCCUUUCCGUCCCCGCUCCUCCCAGCCUCUCUUCUCCGAGGCACCGGCAGGAGCAGCCUGGACUCAUGAUGGCUUCAACCACUACCUGCACCAGAUUCACCGACGAGUACCAGCUCUUCGAGGAGCUUGGAAAGGGGGCGUUCUCAGUGGUGAGAAGAUGUGUGAAAAUUCCUACAGGACAAGAGUUUGCUGCCAAAAUUAUCAACACCAAAAAGCUGUCUGCUCGAGAUCACCAGAAAUUGGAAAGGGAAGCUAGAAUCUGUCGCCUUUUGAAACACCCUAAUAUUGUGCGGCUUCAUGACAGCAUAUCAGAAGAAGGAUUCCAUUACUUAGUCUUUGAUUUAGUCACUGGAGGUGAACUGUUUGAAGAUAUAGUUGCAAGGGAAUAUUACAGUGAAGCAGAUGCCAGUCAUUGUAUACAGCAGAUUCUAGAAAGUGUUAAUCAUUGUCACCUAAAUGGCAUAGUUCACAGAGACCUGAAGCCUGAGAACUUACUUUUAGCUAGCAAAUCCAAGGGAGCAGCUGUAAAAUUGGCAGACUUCGGAUUGGCUAUAGAAGUUCAAGGAGAACAACAGGCUUGGUUUGGUUUUGCUGGUACACCAGGAUAUCUUUCACCAGAGGUGUUACGAAAAGAUCCCUAUGGGAAGCCAGUGGACAUGUGGGCAUGUGGUGUCAUUCUCUAUAUCCUCCUUGUGGGAUACCCUCCUUUCUGGGAUGAAGACCAGCACAGACUCUAUCAGCAGAUCAAGGCUGGUGCUUAUGACUUUCCCUCACCAGAGUGGGAUACAGUGACUCCUGAAGCCAAAGACCUCAUCAAUAAAAUGCUUACCAUCAACCCUGCCAAACGUAUCACAGCAUCAGAGGCACUGAAGCAUCCAUGGAUAUGUCAACGUUCUACUGUGGCCUCUAUGAUGCACAGGCAGGAGACUGUAGAUUGCUUGAAGAAAUUCAAUGCAAGAAGAAAACUAAAGGGGGCCAUUUUGACAACUAUGCUGGCUACCAGAAAUUUCUCAGCAAAAAGUUUAUUGAAAAAACCUGAUGGAGUCAAGAUAAACAACAAAACCAACGUGGUAACCAGCCCCAAAGAAAAUAUUCCUACCCCGGCGCUGGAGCCCCAAACUACAGUAAUCCACAACCCUGAUGGAAAUAAGGAGUCAACAGAAAGUUCCAAUACGACUAUUGAAGAUGAAGAUGUGAAAGCUCGUAAGCAGGAGAUUAUCAAGGUUACUGAGCAACUGAUUGAAGCUAUCAACAAUGGGGACUUUGAAGCUUACACAAAGAUCUGUGAUCCAGGCCUUACAUCUUUUGAACCUGAAGCUUUGGGGAAUCUGGUGGAAGGGAUGGACUUUCACAGGUUCUACUUUGAAAAUGCUUUGUCCAAGAGUAAUAAGCCAAUCCACACUAUUAUCCUCAAUCCCCAUGUCCAUCUUGUGGGCGAUGAUGCUGCCUGCAUUGCAUACAUACGGCUGACGCAGUACAUGGACGGAAGUGGAAUGCCAAAGACUAUGCAGUCCGAGGAGACCCGGGUCUGGCACCGCCGUGAUGGCAAAUGGCAGAAUGUUCAUUUUCACUGUUCAGGGUCACCAACAGUACCAAUCAACUAAAAUUCUACAAUGCCACUCUUGCUUUCUCCGUACUCAAAGCACCUGAUUGGUUACCAUG